AAGGGGGGGUGGGUAUUAUUCUAAUGGUGGUGGGGGCGUCUCAAGUCGCCGUCUUUCUCCCACCAUCGCUGUGAAGAAAAAUCAAACCCACACACACGAUGGUCCUUGUCGACUUCAUUUCAUUUCCCCCAUAGAUUGAUUGUUAAUUGCCCCCUUUCAUUUGAUCUGCAUUGUUUGACUUCUCUCCGGUCACUAGGGUUUCUUCAGAUUUCUCCGCCGAUUCCUCUUAUCUACAUCUGCCUUUUUUUUGGAAACAUGACCUGAUCUAACCAAAGACUUGAGUUACCUUCUCACACGCAUCAUGGCGUUGUUGUCUCAAAGAGUCUAUCUAUAUCAGCUCCUUGCUGCGUUUUUCUGCCUGCUUCUUCUUCUUGCCUAUGCACGAACAGACCCCUCUGAAGUCACUGCUUUACGAUCAGUUAAGAGAAGUUUAGUUGAUCCUAAAGAUUAUUUGAGAAACUGGAACAGAGGAGACCCUUGCAGGUCAAAUUGGACAGGAGUUAUCUGCUCCAAUGAGAUUGGAACUGACGAAUAUCUUCAUGUCCGAGAACUCCUACUGAUGAAUAUGAAUCUCUCCGGGAGUUUAUCACCAGAGCUCCGAAAAUUAGGUCAUCUCGAGAUAUUAGAUUUCAUGUGGAACAAUAUAAGUGGUUCAAUUCCAAAGGAGAUAGGGCAGAUAUCAUCCCUGCUACUCUUGCUGCUGAAUGGAAACAAACUUUCAGGGCCUUUACCAAGCGAACUAGGCUAUCUUUCGAACUUGAACAGGUUCCAGAUUGAUGAAAAUAAUAUCACAGGACCAAUACCAAAGUCCUUUUCCAACUUGAGAAAAGUGAAACAUCUGCACUUCAACAAUAAUUCGUUGACCGGCCAGAUUCCAGUUGAGCUUUCCAGUCUUACAAACAUCUUUCACGUGCUGCUAGACAACAACAAUUUAUCCGGAGAUCUCCCACCGCAACUCUCUCAAUUGCCAAACCUGCAAAUCCUGCAACUUGAUAAUAACAACUUCAGUGGAUCAGAUAUACCAGCUUCCUAUGGAAACUUUUCUAGUAUACUGAAGCUGAGUCUUAGAAACUGUAGUUUGAAAGGGGCUCUUCCUGAUUUUAGCAGGAUACGUCGUCUCAAAUACUUGGAUCUUAGCUGGAAUGAGCUCACAGGACCUAUACCUUCUUCUAAUCUUUCUGAGGAUGUGACAACCAUUGAUUUAUCAAACAACAUACUAAACGGAUCCAUUCCGCUGAGCUUCUCAAAUCUCCCUUUGCUUCAGAUGCUAUCGAUGAAGAACAAUAUGUUAUCUGGAUCUGUCCCUGAUUCCCUCUGGAAGAAUAUCUCAUUACGGAAGAAAGCUAGACUUCUACUGGAUCUCAGGAAUAAUAGUCUGUCACAUGUUGAAGGAGAUCUAACUCCUCCAGAAAAUGUCACUUUAAGGCUUGAUGGUAAUCCGAUAUGCAAGAACGGAAGCAUAACAAACGCAGGCCUCUUCUGCGAAUCCAUAGGAAAAGCGUGGACAUCACCACCACCACCAGCAACCAACUCAACAGACUGUCCUCCUCUAGCCUGUCCCACUCCUGAUUUCUACGAAUACAGUCCAGCAUCCCCGUUACGAUGCUUUUGUGCAGCGCCUCUCAGGAUUGGAUACCGUCUGAAGAGUCCUAGCUUCUCAUACUUCCCUCCAUAUAUUGAUCAGUUCGGGGAGUAUGUUACCGAUUUUCUUCAAAUGGAGCCCUAUCAACUCUGGAUCGACUCUUAUCAAUGGGAGAAAGGGCCUCGUCUGAGGAUGCAUCUGAAACUUUUUCCGCAAGUUACAAGAAGCACAUUUAACACGAGUGAAGUUGUGAGAAUCAGAGGCAUAUUCGCAUCAUGGAGAUUUCCCGGGAGUGACUUAUUCGGACCAUAUGAGCUGCUCAACUUCACUCUGCAGGGGCCAUAUUCAUAUGUAAACUUGAGCAGUGAAAGGAAAGGCGUUAGCUGGGGACGUUUGGCAGCAAUAACUGCAGGGGCUGUGGUGACUGCUGUUGCAAUCUCCGCCUUGGUUGCCGCCUUGUUGCUUAGAAGAUACAGCAAGCACGAGCGUGAGAUAUCUAGAAGACGGUCUUCCUCGAAAGCUUCCUUGAUGAAUUCUGGGAUAAGAGGCUUCAGGUUCAAAGAACUAGCAGAGGCCACGGACGAUUUUAGCAGCUCAGCUUUGGUUGGACGCGGAGGCUACGGAAAGGUUUAUAGAGGUGUGUUAUCUGACAAAACGGUUGCUGCCAUAAAGCGAGCUGAUGAAGGGUCUUUGCAAGGUGAGAAGGAGUUCUUGAAUGAAAUAGAGUUGCUCUCCAGGUUGCAUCAUCGGAAUCUAGUGUCCCUUAUCGGUUAUUGUGACGAAGAAGGGGAGCAGAUGCUGGUGUACGAAUUCAUGCCAAACGGCACCCUUCGCGACUGGCUCUCUGCUAAAGGGAAGGAGACAUUGAGCUUUGGGAUGAGGGUUCGUGUUGCUUUGGGAGCAGCCAGGGGUAUUCUCUACCUUCACACAGAAGCCAACCCACCAGUCUUCCACCGAGACAUCAAAGCCAGUAACAUCCUCCUCGACCUCAACUUCAAUGCCAAAGUUGCAGACUUUGGACUGUCCCGUCUUGCUCCUGCUUUGGAGGAGGAAGAGGAUGUGCCUAAACACGUAUCCACGGUUGUUCGUGGGACUCCAGGGUACCUGGAUCCAGAAUACUUCCUGACGCACAAGCUGACGGACAAGAGCGACGUGUACAGCAUGGGGGUUGUGUUCUUGGAGCUGCUGACUGGUAUGCACGCCAUAUCCCAUGGCAAAAACAUUGUGCGAGAGGUGAAGACGGCGGACAUGAUGGUGUCGCUGAUAGACAAGAGAAUGGAGGCGUGGUCGAUGGAAACCGCUGAAAGGUUUUUCUCAUUGGCACUGAGGUGUAGCCACGACUCGCCUGAUAUGAGGCCUGCGAUGGCUGAGGUGGUGAAAGAGCUGGAGGCACUCCUCCCCGACAAGGAAGGAAAAAUGGAGACGAAGUCGUCCUCCUCGGUGCUGUCAACAUCUUCUUCGAAUGUAACAAGAGACCUUUACGAGUCGGCGAGCCUUUUAGGAAGCGAUCUCAGCAGCGGCGUUGUUCCCAGCAUCGCUCCUCGCUGAGUCAUACCACAAACGAAACAAACACCUGACUGAGCUUUUGGUUUGCUGUUAUCUGUAACAUAUAUAUAUAUAUAUAUAUAUAUAUAUAUAUAUAUAUAUACUACGAUUUGGCACGCCCGUAGGGUGGGUUUGUAACCAAAAAAUACAUAAAUAUAAUUUACUUAAACGUAUGUUGAUAUUAAUUUUUAUUGUGUAUGUUUUGUUAUUCUUAUUAUAUAUUAUGUUUAUCUUAA